UGGAUAUCAAACAUUCUCUCAGCUCUUGACAUGCUUUCUGUCUCGCUUUUGCUGUGGAUGCAUCUCUCUUUAUGCCUUUUUACUCUGAUGACCACAGCUAAUGAAACGCUUUCGUACACGGAUGACACGGCCAUGAGCAGGUCGGUGGUGCAGUCCCUGCUAGCCAAGCGAGAGUUUGAUGAAGUUGAUAUGGCCAAGAGGUUUGCUGAGGAGUACAAGAAGGAACCCAACAGGGGCUAUGGGAUGGCUGUUGUCAACGUCUUCAAGAAGCUCCUGAGCCCCAAAUGCAAUGAUGUGUUUGAACCAGCAAGAGCCCAGUUUAACGGGAAAGGCUCCUACGGCAAUGGCGGUGCCAUGAGGGUGGCAGGCAUCUCGCUCGUGUAUUCUGAUGUCCAGGAUGUUAAGAAGUUUGCGAAGCUGAGUGCUGAGUUAACCCAUGCCAACUCCCUGGGCUACAACGGGGCCAUCCUGCAGGCCCUGGCCGUGCAUCUCGCCCUGCAGGGAGAACUCAGCAAGGAGACCUUCCUGGAGCAGCUCAUUAGCCACAUGGAAGAUGUAGAGGCAGACGAUAAGUCUCUUACUGACGCCCGAGCGCUGGGAUUUGAGGAUUUACCAUUUUCAAGGCGUCUAAAGAAAAUAAAGGAAUUUUUGGAGCUCAGCAGCGUUCCCAAAGCAGAUGUAUUGUUUGAAUUAGGUAAUGGCAUUGCCGCUUUGCGGUCUGUCCCUACUGCAAUUUACUCCUUCUUGCACUGUAUGGAAGCUGACCCGGAUAUUCCUGAUCACUACAGCAACCUGCAGAGGACCAUCAUCUACUGUAUCUCUCUGGGUGGAGACACAGACACCAUUGCUACCAUGGCAGGAGCCAUUGCAGGGGCUUAUUACGGGGAGGAACAGAUACCCCCAAGCUGGGAGCAGAGCUGUGAAGCUUUUCAGGAGACACAGAAGCUGGCAAAUAGCUUGUAUGAACUCUACUGCCAGCGGCUCUGAGCUCCAAGGGGAGCGUGUUUUCUGAAGGCAAAGCGGGUGGUCACCUCUGCUUUUCUGGUCAGAAGUGUGGUGGUGGAGCCGUGCCAUCUGCAGACAGCAGUGAGCCUCCGCCUGAGAAAGACGCCUGCUGCUGUGAGUUGAGAGCUGGAAGCACGAGCUGGUUUGGAAGAGGGGGGACAUACCCUUCAGUUACGGUUCAGCUGGGAAGUGGCUGCAUGUGGCGCCUUGGACAGUAGGUGCAUCUCCUCUGAAGUGUACAGGAGCGUCUAGUUUUUCAUAAGAUUUCUGCUUCUUGCUUUGUCCCGCCCUUAUGCCAUUAUGUCAUUUUGUCAUUGUAGUUACUAGGUGGGUGUCUGAAUCCACUGACUUCCUUGCUGUUUUCCUCUACUCCUGUGUGCUGUGGCCUUUGUUUCCGUUGUUAGUGGCCUGUCCUGCAGUGGCUUUGAUAGGCUCCACAUCCCUCUCAAAACACCAGUUCACGCUCAGCUGACCAGCUAAAGGAUGUCGAUGGGAGUCAUCAGAGAGGCACAUCCCUGGAGAGCCUGGAGGAUGUCCUGCGUGGUGGCGCGGGUUACCACCUGUGUUGUGGAGUGAGGAUGCUGGAGGGUAGACCUCCCGGGAGGUUCACUUAAAGGCAGAAUGAAAAGUGCCAGAGACUGGAGAAGGGAUUUCUUUGCAUUGCCGGUGGCAUUGUGAGAAAUGCCUUUGGUGCGUGCAGGCAGAAUCCCAGUUGGCUCGUUGUUACUGCUGGAAGAGGGCGGAACCAGUUACUGCUCCUUUGGAGUCCUUUGCUCUGCGAUCCACCUGGCACCGUCCUGAUCUAUCGCAUUUUGUGUUCCCUUACGGCUUUCACGUUGCUGCAGUUACUCUAGCAGUUUCCUUUGUUCCUGAUCCUUGCAUCCUGCGUUCUUAACCCUGUCCUACGUAUGUCCAGAGCGCCAAGUGAGAUUGCUGUUUAAAUCUGUGAGUGGAGAUAGUUGUGAAACCUGGUGUUACACAAGGAUUGAAUUCCUGGUUCUGCUGCAGUCAGUGACAAAAAUGACUUCAGCUGGAAGCAGGAGUUACUUCUCACAGUUUUAAAACUCUGUACUUGGUAAGAAUCAUCUGAAAAAUAAAGGGAAAGGUGGGUUAAUUGGGGGAGAAUUCAUCAAAGUUUAAAAGAGUUUGUGCAUUUGAAGCUAGUACUGGUGGCCAAGAACAUUCUAGCAAAGCUGUGUUGUUCCAGAGUUUGACGUUUAAAACCUUUGCCCAGUGGAGCUGGUCAAAAAGGGAGUAACAGCUUGGGUAUGGCAUGUCUAAAAAGGGUUGAAAGCUUUUUAGUAAUUGAAAACAACAAGGAAGAAAGAGGCAAGCAGUCAUCAUACGGAAUUGUUUAUAAAUUUGAAUGUGACUAUGUAAUUCUCUAUUAUUUCCCUGGUAUUUCUUGUGACACCAGGAAGCGACUGGUCUGCUGAAACAGAGUUCACUCCCUGUUGGUAUCGGCACAUGGUUGUUGUGUGUCUCAGGCUGCAUGCACACGUGGAAAAUCUGGCUGCGGUAGGUCGUUCCAGUUUUUCCUGUAGUCUGCUUCCUUCAAGUGCCGGUCUUGUGUGUGACGCUUUAAUGGGUUUUCCUUGUAUAAAUGAAUUCUUGUCCUGAGAGCAUGUGGAAUUUUGGUCUAUUGUAUAUUUAUGUAUCGUGCUGCAGAUCUGAGAUGUAAAAUGUCAGGUUUUUCACAUUCUGCCAGAGGUGUGAACAUAUUCACAGAAUUAUUUAAAAGAAGAUAUUUUCCUUUCAAAGCAGCUUUAUAAUUUUAAAUGUUUGGAACUGAUGAAGACCAGAACAACUCCUGUUUAAAAAAUAUAGCUCAUUUUAGGCCAGAAUUUAAAUGUGUACUAAAACAUUUAGCUCUGACUUCCCUGGAAAGAAAUAAAAUUACUUAGUAAUCUUUGUUAA